AUGUCAUCCGCACAAACCCUAUUGAGCGACCUCCAACUUGCAGUCUGGGUGACGAUAAUAGCAGUACUGAUAAUAGUUGCCUUCAUGUUUUGCUGCGACAAAGGCUUAAGGGAAAGUCUCCGAGCUCAUCCUCCCCAAGAUAUUGAAACCGGGAGACCACGCAAUAACCAGGCCAGGCAAAGACAGCCACCGGCGAGCCAGCAGGCAGCUGCAGUACUAGUCUUGGCAGGGACCAUUGUUAUCUACAAGGAUGGAGGAACUAAAUCAAACUGCACCGAUUGUGCGAUAUGCUUGGGAGAGUUGAAGGAUGGAGAUGAGUGUAGGGUUCUUUCCAAAUGCAAACAUAUGUACCAUAAGCUUUGCAUAGAUAAGUGGCUGGUUAAGGAUACGCAUUGCCCACUUUGUCGUGCUUCUGUCCAUGAUUCGGAACCAACCACUCAGAUUGUAAACAGUUCUUAG